UGUGAAAUUAUUAAUUUUGUAGUAAGUCUAUUAACAUAGCGUCGUUUUGGAAAAUAUUUGGAUUUACCUGUACUGUAUUAAAACAAAAUAAUUUUUAUCAAGGAAAAAAAUAUUAAAAUUGAAAAAUGACUGGUCGUGGAAAAGGUGGAAAAGGCUUAGGAAAAGGUGGUGCAAAGCGUCAUCGUAAAGUAUUGCGUGAUAAUAUUCAGGGUAUAACAAAACCAGCAAUUCGUCGUUUAGCACGUCGAGGUGGUGUCAAGCGUAUAAGUGGCUUGAUUUACGAAGAAACUCGGGGUGUAUUGAAGGUAUUUCUUGAAAAUGUAAUUCGAGAUGCUGUAACAUACACUGAACAUGCUAAGCGCAAAACCGUGACCGCUAUGGAUGUAGUGUAUGCUCUAAAACGUCAAGGACGUACUUUAUAUGGUUUUGGAGGCUAAAAUGUUAAAAAUCUUAAGAACAAAAUUUAAGAAGAAAAACUUAAAACUUAACCUUAUUAUAAUUAAGAAUAAUUCCAUAUAUGUAUGUAUUUCAAUAUAUAAAUUGACACUUUUUCUGAAUAAAAUGUCUGCAACUACACAAAUAUGUAUGUA